AAUAUGAUUAUGUAAGAGUGCCUCCUACAACUACUACUGCUAUAAAUAGCGCACACACAAAUCGUUUCUUGGAAAGCUCAAACGUGUUCAAUCCUUAUCCUUCUUUUUUUUUUCUCCUCGUUUUUUACAAUAAUCGAAUUGGGGUAUUUGCUAAAACAACCAAAGAUUGGAUUUUUUUUCAUUCUGUGCAAUAAUUUUUGGGUUUUGAUCUGAGAGGAAAAGAUGGAGGGUGUUGAUUACUUGGCUGAUGAGAGGAAAAAAGCUGAGUUUGAUGUGAAUGAGAUGAAGAUUGUUUGGGCUGGUUCUCGCCAUAAUUUUGAAUUAUCAGAUCGUAUCUCCAAGCUUGUUGCUAAUGAUCCUGGCUUCAGCAAGGAAGGCAGAACUAUGCUUCCCAGGAAAGAACUAUUUAAGAACACGCUAAGAAAGGCGACAUAUGCAUGGAAACGGAUCAUUGAACUUCGUCUUUCUGAAGAAGAAGCAGCUAAGUUAAGGCAUUUUGUAGAUGAGCCUGCCUUUACCGAUCUUCAUUGGGGAAUGUUUAUACCGGCCAUAAAAGGACAGGGCACAGAUGAACAGCAGAAAAAGUGGUUGCCGUUGGCCUAUAAGAUGCAAAUAAUUGGGUGCUACGCUCAAACUGAACUUGGACAUGGGUCCAAUGUGCAAGGCCUUGAGACCACUGCCACAUUUGAUCCUCAAACAGAUGAAUUUGUCAUUCAUAGUCCUACAUUGACGUCAAGCAAGUGGUGGCCUGGUGGAUUGGGUAAAGUCUCUACCCAUGCUCUUGUGUACGCUCGUCUUAUAACAAAUGGUAAAGACUAUGGGAUUAAUGGUUUUAUUGUCCAACUACGAAGCUUGGAGGACCACAAACCUCUUCCAGGUGUUACUGUUGGAGACAUUGGAUUGAAAUUUGGAAACGGGGCAUAUAAUACUAUGGAUAAUGGGGUAUUAAGAUUUGAUCAUGUGCGCAUUCCAAGAGAUCAAAUGCUGAUGAGGGUUUCACAAGUUACCAGAGAAGGAAAAUAUGUCCAAUCUGAUGUUCCCC